AUGGGUUUGGGAGCAAGCCACUGCAAAGGAGUCUGGGCACCAAAAGAAGUCUCUCUGACCACUCUGUCUGUAGCUGCCGUGUAUUCCCUCAUCACGGUGCCUAGUAAUAUGCUAAUUAUCCUAUCAGUUCUUCUUGACCCUAACAAGAGCCUCCGCCGUACACCUUACCUUCUCUUAGUAUUGAACCUAGCCAUAACUGACUUGAUAGUUGGCGCCAUGGUCGAGCCGUUCUCAAUGUACACCCAUGUGAGGGAGGCCGCUCGCCUGUCAAUCAGCUUCUCAUGGCUGUCACAGUUUGUUUACUUUAUGUGCUGUACCGCUUCCCUUCUGAGUUUGUGCAUCCUGACCAUUGACAGGUAUCUGGCCAUUACUUCGCCCAUGUGGUAUCGCGCCAACAUGACCAACUCGAGAGUCGCCCAAGCGUCUGUUCUCAUCUGGCUCUUGUCGUUUGCUAGCAGCGGUUUGCUGUUUGUCACAGGGUUUGUCAUGUAUGCCUUCAUCUUUGCCAUCCUGACGCUUCUCUGCGCGAUUUUCAUUUUGGUGUUCACCUACGUUCGUAUAUUUGUGGUUGUGAAGCAAAAGGUCAAAGAUUUGAAUAAUUUGCACCAGGGCGAUACAGAAAGGAAAAAGGCCCAAGAAAGAAACAUGCUAUGGGAGAGAAAGCUGACCAAGACCCACUUGGUGAUGUUGCUGGCGUUCCUGGCCUGCUAUGGUCCAGCAUGCAUCAUGAUUUUCGUGAUGAAUCUGUGUAGCACAUGCAGCUGUUACGUCAUUCACUGGCUCAGAGAUAUGCAUUUUGUGCUGAUCACGUUCAAUUCUUUGAUCAAUCCCUUUGUGUACGCACUUAGGUUGGCUGGGUUCAGGAUGGCAAUACGUCACUUCUUAAGCUUUUGUUUUUGCUGUAGGAGUGGAGCGGUAGCGUCGUAUAAUGAUCAGGAAGCGUCACACACGGCAGAAACUAGCAUUGACCGAUCUAGAACACUGGCUGUGUCUCGUCCAAUACAAAAUGAGUCCUCGUCUGUCGCUUGA